AUGAGAUAUAUCGGGGCGCUCGACAUCGGUACCACUAACGUACGGUUUCAUAUAUUCGAUGAAGAAGGAAACACAAUUGCUUCUUCAACGGAAAAGAUCCAGCUUUUGUAUCCAAAGCCAAAUUAUGUGGAAAUAGAUCCAGAUGCGCUGUGGACAACUAUAGUAAAUGUAAUAAAGAAUACUCUGACAGAAUCAAAAGUUGAGAGCUUGGAAUCGAUAGUCGGCAUCGGAAUUUCGACGCAACGAGGCAGUUUCACCACGUGGAAUUCGAAAGAUGGAAGGCAUUAUCACAAUUUUAUUACAUGGAAAGAUCUACGUGCUGAUAAUUUGGUGAAAGAAUGGAACUCGUCGAUAAUAAUGAGAAUAUUGAAAAUGGGAUCGAAGAUUUUAUACACUUUCUCAAGGAACAAACGAUUCCUUGGAAUGAGCGUUUUUAAAUUCAUGAAUACACAGAUGUCACUAAGGUUAGUGUGGGUACUGCAACACGUGCCUGGUUUGCAAGAGGCGAUGAACGAUGGAAAUGUCCUUUUCGGUGGAAUUGAUUCUUGGCUUUUAUAUAAAUUCACUGGAAAACACGUGACAGACAUUUCAAGCGCAUCCGCGACUGGAAUUUUCGAUCCAUUUAUCAAAUGUUGGUCAAGCUCUAUGAUAAAUUUGCUUAAAUUGCCGCACGAUAUCUUUCCCCAAGUGGUGGAGACCAGUGGAAAUUUUGGUUGUACUCCAAAAGAUUUAUUCGGGAUCGAAAUUCCAAUAUUAUGCUCAACGACGGAUCAAUCGGCAUCGCUGUUCGGCUCGAUGUGUAUGCAACCGGGAGAUUUGAAGAUCACCAUGGGGACUGGCACGUUUUUGAACGUGAACACGGGUAACAUCCCACACGCUUCUGUUGCGGGACUUUAUCCUCUAAUCGCAUGGCAAACAGGAGAUGAAUUAGUAUACAUGGCGGAAGGUGCAUGGAACGAAACUGGAGGUAUCAUUGAAUGGGCCAAGGAAAUAAGUCUGAUCGACCAAGUAGCAGAAACAGCAAAUAUCGCGUACUCGGUGAAUGACUCUGAUGGAGUGUAUUUCGUUCCUGCAUUCAGUGGAUUACACGCGCCGAUAAAUGAUUACAAAGCAGCGGCAGGUUUCAUAGGCCUAAAACCUACCACAAGAAAAAAUCAUCUGGUUCGAGCGUUGUUAGAAAGUAUCGUUUUUGGAAUGUUAUUACUUUAUGAAACAUUAUGCUCAGAAACUUCUUUCAUUUAUAAGAGAAUACGAGUCGAUGGCGGGGUAUCUAAAAAUGAUUUUAUAUUACAACUGUUGGCUGAUCUGACAGGUCUAGAAGUGGAACGAGCAUCAAGCACAGAAAUAUCUGUUUUGGGAAUAAUAUUUCUCACUGGUUUACAAUGCGGCGUUUGGAAGAACAAGGAAAAUAUAUUCAAGCUACGAAAAGUAGAAACAAUAUUUAUGCCAAACAAUGAAAACAGAGAACGAUAUCGACCGAUAGUCGCUCAAUGGAAACGAGCUCUCCAAAGACUCGGUAAAUGGUAUACCGAGAUUAAAUAAUGGCCAUACGAUUGCCACAAGAAAUAAAAGGAAAAGAUCUGUUUGCCUUGGAAAAUAUAUUAAAAAUUGAUACCAUAUGAUAAUUAGAUUUUUACCAUUGACCAAUGUACAUAUGUAUAGGUAUUGUGAUAAAUGUAAUGCAAUUUUUAUUAAAAAAA